AUGCCAGCCGGAACAGCAUCCCCAAUCGCUUCAAACACGGCGCCCAGCAGCCGCGAGCAGGCUGCGCUGCCGGAGCCUAUCGCGUACAGCGCAUUCACAAAACGUUCAGCCGUCUUAAUUGUGGUGUUGGUUUCUACUGCAGGAUUCUUCUCACCCUUUACCGCCUUUGUCUACUUCCCAGCGAUCAGGUCCAUCGCUGCUGAUUACGGAAUCUCCAUUGAGCUGAUGAACGUCACUGUCACGGUGUACCUCAUCAUUCAAGGUCUCGUGCCGCCGAUACUAGGAGAUCUGUCUGAGAGUAUCGGCAGACGACCGGUCUACCUGUUGGUCUUUACUAUCUACUGCGGCGCGAGCAUCGGACUGGCUCUGCAGCGGAACUAUGCAGCUCUGCUGGUGCUUCGCAUGUUGCAAAGUGCUGGCAGCUCCGGAACGAUCGCUCUAGCCUAUGGAGUCAUCGGAGACAUAGCCGCACCGCAUGAACGUGGCGCCUACGUUGGACUCUCCCACAUCGGCUUCAAUACUGCUCCGGCGCUUGGACCAGUCGUUGGCGGAGUCAUGGCAGACAAGGUCGGAUGGCCGUGGAUAUUCGUCUUUCUUGCAACAUUCUCCGGAACUCUACUGAUUUUGCUCGUGCUUUUCCUGGACGAGACCGCACGCAGCAUUGUGGGCAACGGCAGCAUCCCUCCUCGAGGAAUAAACAAGACGCUUCUACAACAUCUGCGCAACGGGCGGUCUCCGGAAGAGCCAAGACGGAGCACUUUUAGGGCUCCCAACGUUGUUCCAUGCCUGAAGUUGAUCUUCCACAAGAACACGUUCCCUGUGCUGCUUGCCAAUGCAACCUUCUACAUGAUGUAUUCAUGCUUGCAGGCUAGCUUAGCGCCUCUGGUCCAGCGUCUAUAUGGACUUUCACCUUUGCAGGCUGGACUGUGUUAUCUUUCCUACGGCGUGGCCGGUGGAACUGCAUCUUAUUCCCUUGGACUUCUCACGGACCACGACUACCGUGUCGUUGCGCGCCAGCACGGCUUUUCUAUCGACCGGGUCAGAGGAGACGACCUCAUGCGGUUUCCAAUCGAGGAAGCGAGGCUGCGCUCGAUGAGAAUCUAUCUGCCUCUCUGCGCCACAGCAACGGUCGGUUACGGAUGGUCAUUGUCAGCACACACCCAUCUUGCGGUUCCCCUUGUCUUGUGCUUUAUCAUUGGCUUCACGGUGACUGGCGUGUUCAACGUCUGCAACACACUGAUUGUCGACGUCCAUCCUGCAUAUCCGGUCACUGCAUCAGCUUCGGUCAGCAUCACCCGCUGCCUAAUUGCCGCAGCCGGAGUCGCCGUGAUUGAGCUGCUUCUCAGCGAGGUUGGCCCUGGAUGGACUUUCACGAUUAUAGGCGCACUUUGCUGGUUGAUGGCGCCCGUGCUGUGGCUUGUGCAUCAAUACGGCUGGACAUGGCGCAAGCGGCGAGCUGGGCGUGAGCAAGAGUCUGCCGCGGCACUUGCAGCGGCAGAGACUGUAGUGGAAGCGAAGGUCUGA